GAGUUAUUUGAAAAGUGAUACAAAGGAAGCAACAAUUUAGUUAACAAAAAAGUUUCGAAGAACGAGAAAAAAAGAAAAAUAUUUGAAAUUAUAUCAAACGAAUAUGAAAGUAUUCGUAUUAUGCAUUGCUUUACUCGUGGUGAGUUGCAUAACAGCAUCGCCAUUAAGUGAAGAAGUAGAUGAAAAUUUCGAUAACAACGAGACAGUGUCAAACGAAAUGAAUGAAGGUGACGCUUUACCUUUAGAAAAUGAUAAUGAUAGGAAAGUGAGUGGAGAAGCAUCAGCUGUUGAAGAGAUAACUGACGACUACGACGAUAGUAAUGAGAGUGAGAAUGUGGAGAAACAAUUGACCCAAGACGAGAUGGAGAAAUUAUACGGAAUUCCAAUCCCCAUCUGUCUCCAAUAUACCGACAAUGUUCACCCGCUGCAUUUAAGCCAUUUAAGUGACUGUGGAAAAUUUUAUAAAUGUUCUAAUGGACGAGGGUUUUUGCUGGAUUGUCCAAUCGGUGAACAUUGGUCUGUCAAGCUUAAUCGUUGUGAUUAUCCUUAUUCAGCAAAUUGCAUCGCUGAUGGAGUCUACAGAUACAGAAUCAAGAAGGUUAAGCCUAUGCCAGCUCAAGCAACCUUUCAAAUACAAGAAGAAAAUUCCCCAACUGACGAUGAAAUCAUCCCAGAGUUUGAAAUUGACGCACGUUGCGAAGGAAGUGAUCCCUUCAAACCGUAUCAUUUCAAACACAAAAGCGACUGUAACAAGUUCUAUAAAUGUUAUAUGGGAAAAGCUUACGUCCUUAAAUGUCCAAAAUAUCAACAAUGGUCAGAAAGUAUGAGUCGAUGUGAACAUCCCUCAACUGCACGUUGCACAGUUGCCAGACCUGCCGCACUCCCAGCUGCUCAAUCAUUUGAAGUUAUAGGAGUUGGUAAUUUUGACGAGAAUUACUACGAUUACGGUGAAGAAGAAGAAGAAGCAGAUUUCAAAAUCAAAGAUGCAAGAUGUUUGUUGGAAAAUAAUGAUCGUUUUCAUCCAACUCAAUUUUCUCACCCGAAUGAUUGUGGGUCGUUCUAUAAAUGCAUAGAUGACACAGCUGUCAAAAUAAAUUGUCCUGCUGGUUUGCAUUAUAAUGUAGCAAGUGAAUCGUGCGAUUAUUCAUACAGAGCUCGUUGCACUUCAGGAAUUAGACCGGCAAAAGAAGUGAUGCAACAACCCAUGCCACAGUACAAUGGAAUGAUGCCAGACUUUGAAAUGUUGAAAGAACAUCCAGAGAUGGGAAGUUAUUUUGUGAUGAUGCAACAAUAUCCUGAAUUAAUGUCAUAUUACUAUGCAAUGCUGUUGCAGCAAUAUCCAGGAUUUAUGCAACAAUAUCCAGGACUCAUGCAGCAAUAUCCAGGAAUGAUGCAGCAAUAUCCAGGAAUGAUGCCACAAAUGCCAUCGGCUCCUAAUCUACCCGAUAGUCAGCCUAAACCUGACCCAGCACCAAAACCCCCUCAACCCAACAAUCAAAUGCCUCAACCUCAACCUUUUCCACAACCAGGUCCAGAAUUUCCAAAUUGGAUGCCAAUCCCAAAACCAAACGUUCCCCUUCCAAAUAUCCCAGACAAUUCUGACGAAAGUGAUGAUCAAGAAAAUUUUGUAUUUAAAAAUGGAAAAGUCAGCAAGAACUGUCCCGGCGAAGAAAGCCCUUUAGAGCCUGUUCAUUUGGGUCAUGAAAAUGAUUGUUCAAAAUUCUACAAAUGCUUUAAUGGUCGUGCUUUCAUUAUGAAUUGUCCAAGCGGUCAAGAAUGGAGUGAUUCACUGCAACGAUGUGACUUCCAUGAAUUUUCAAACUGCGAUCCACUCGAGUUGGUUAAGAAAAAGAUUCAAAUCUAACUUAAAAUCGAAUGGAAAAUAUUUUGCAAUUACAUAUAAGUAAAGUUUCCGUGAUAAUGAUUUAGAUUUUUUUAUGUCUUAAUUUAUAACGAGGAAAAUUUGACUAUUUAUCUACUUCAAUAAAGAAAUAAAAUUAAUUUACUGCACAA